AUGUGUGGGACUGUGUGCGUUUACGAUGACAAGAAAGAGAGGCGGAAGGGGGUGGAGGAGGUGGAGGAGAGCGAGAGGUACGACAGUAAGAGACGCGAGAGAGGAGACAUCGGUCAAAACGACGACGGUCUUGCUCUCUCGGCGCGAAGGCGACGGGAACGAACGAAUCCGGCGAGAUUCGAGAUGGACCGGGCCCGAUCACUAAGGGCUAGUAUCACAAACAUCGGCCAACUGCUAACCGAAGAACUCGUAAAUGCAAAUGCUUUCAAUGUCGCCAGAGCCUGCGAUCUCGUCUGGAACGACGCGGCGGCGGCGGCAGCGGCGGCCGCCGCGGUCGGCGGCGGUCCUCAGCAGCUCCCGGCAUCCGCCAAUCCCUUCGUCACCGCCACGUACGCGCAGCACACGUCGUACGGUGGACAACGGGUGCCUACAGCUUCAUCCCCGGCGAACACUAACAGCAGCUCCAGUAGUGCCACCGGCAGCCAAAGCGGGACGAUGAGCACGAAUCUCAGCAACAACGCUAUGCAGGGUCAACAAGCGGAGCAGCUGUCCAAAACGAAUCUAUACAUCCGUGGCCUCAACCAGAAUACGACUGACAAAGACCUCGUUAAUAUGUGUUCUCAGUAUGGAACUAUAACUUCCACCAAGGCGAUUUUAGACAAAAAUACAAACAAAUGUAAAGGUUACGGAUUUGUAGACUUCGAGUCACCGAUGGCGGCAGAGGGUGCUGUGAAAGCACUGGUCGCCAAGGGCAUCCAAGCGCAGAUGGCGAAAGUUGACAAGUGCAUUCGGGAGCCGGUCGUAAGAUUCAGACAGUACGGGGCCUCACGUUCGCAACAGGAGCAGGACCCCACCAAUCUGUAUAUCGCCAACCUGCCGCUAAACUUCAAAGAGAACGACGUCGAGGCAUUACUCGCUCAAUACGGACAAGUUAUCUCUACCCGUAUCCUGCGCGACACUUCCGGCCAGAGCAAAGGAGUUGGAUUCGCAAGAAUGGAAUCAAAGGAGAAAUGUGAACAAAUCAUCCAAAUGUUCAACGGAAAGGUUCUAACAGGCGCAAAGGAUUCAUUACUAGUUAAGUUUGCCGAUGGCGGAAACAAAAAGAAAUCGUUGUUUAAGAGUACAAUAUGGAGAGAAACCGGAGAAAAUAUGACUUUGAACUACGAUACGAGCGGCGUUGGUCAGAACGGCGUUGCUACGACCCAUAUGCUUCCGGCGACGGCUCUGACACAGUACAGCCGUCACUACAGUCAGGCAUUGCCUGGUUACAGUGUGCCAGGCACCCCCUGGGUGGCUCCUUACCUUGUGCACCCUUCCCCGCCACAUAUGCAACAGGUUGACAUGAUUCCGUCGGCCGAUCCUAGUAAUCCGCAGUACAGUAUGAUUCCUCAGCUCACAACGCAAAUGUCUACCUUGCAUCUCGGCACUGGUUCCUACAUAGCGAGCCCGCAUCCCUAUCCGUACACUACUUAUCCCGCCCCUAGCAUUAUUCACACCAUGCCACUGGGCGAGUCGGAGCAGACGAGUAAUGCAGCGUCCCCCGACGAUUCCUACCAGCAGUACCAGGCUCAACAGCCUAAGUAGGCCACGGUUUAUAAUAGAUGUAUGAUCGCGCUAAGGGUUACAUGAAUUAGGAAAGGCUUACUGAUUGACACAUGGAGAUACGCGCAGAAUGAAGGAGAGCAACAGAUACGAGAGCAGAUUACAUUAAGAAGAAUAGAUUUGAAACAAAACUACAUUACGUAACGAAUAAGAUUCUUCCUCACGAUAAAUUGACUUGCCAGCGUUUUUAUACGUUUUAUCCAACAGUAAAUAGAGGAAAGUAGAUGAUAUUUUGCAACGAGUAGGCAGAGUGAAUGUUGAGAGAAUGCGUAAGAACGAGAGAGAACGAGUGAGCGAGCGAGCAAGAAAGAAAGAGAGAAAGAGAAUAUAAUUGAAGGAAGUACAGGAAGACGAGUACGAGAGCGAUCACGUGUCAUCCGCGUGGUAUGACAUGUGCUUCCAUACUAAUACGGCUCCGUUAAAGCUACGUGACGUACAACACGUACACUUUCAUAUACACACGUACACAGAGAGAGAGAGAGGGAGAGAAAGACACGAUACACGACAGUAACGAAAAAAAAACCAAGUUAUUUACGAAGAACAGUUUAGUGUCAAGCUAAUAGGCUUCCAUGAUGUAACUUUAGGUAUUAUGUUUACUACGGACAGAUGACAGAAGCUAAUCGAAGCUAAUCUCGAGAGCUCGACAGUAUGGAUAAGUAUUUUAAUGCGUGAUUGAAAGAGAGAGAGCGAAAGAAGGAGAAUAUGUGUGUGGAUGUGUUAACUAUAAAGAACGAAAGGAGAUGAAAAAGAAAUACUGCUCAGAAAUAUACAAAGGAGAAUUCUUCCCGAGGAAAUAAUAGUAAAUAAUAAUAAUAUACAGCAAAAAAAAAGAGAAAGAGAAGAAAGUGCGAGUGAGAGAGAAAGAUAAAUUGUGUGAGAGAGGAGAGAGAGGAUACGUUAUUUCCAGGACGAUGUAAUAUUGAGAAGGGAAAUUCAGAAAAUCGUAAUUACGACUAAAGGGAGGAGGUGUUCGUUCGCGAAACUCGCAAAGAUGCAUGUCUGCGGUUGAAAGAGAGUACUUUAACACAAUUCAUCUUCCGCGAUAGCGCACCUCACCUCAUCCGUUCUCUCGCGUGCAGGUUACACGAGCCAUACACAAUACACACAUUUACCACCGCACCCUCAUCGGAGUACACACGUCUUUUCGAGUUCUUUUUUCCUCUUUUCACUUUCCGCUUUUACAUUCAGAAACAUUCCACACCGGGUACGUGCGCGCGCCGUUGCACGGAGGUAUUUUAAAUUUGGGAAUACACCAACUUUUCUAGCGGCACCGCUCGUUUCUAACGCGUUGCGUUUCCUUGUUUCUUUUUUUUAUAACGACAAUGAAAUUUUAUUAUAAUUUAAAUUUCAGAGACAAACCAGAAAAAUACGAUAAUGAAAUUUAUUUCUAAAACGAGCAAGGGGAGGAAUGCAAUAUUCAGGAUCUACGUACAGUUAUUGUACGAAGGGCGGAAAGAAAAAAAAUGGAACAGUGCUUUUUAGAGUGUUAUAUUUACGAUGAUUGCGAGUUAAAUACGGAUCGAUAUCACUUUUUAAUUGUACAGUGAAUACAGAUAUUUUUUUUAGAAUUGUGCCUUUUCACACGGAUCCGUUAAAUGGAAGAAAUAAAGUGAGAAAGAUAUAGAGAGAGAUAUAUAUAUAUAUUAUAUGCAGGAGAAAAUUGUUAUAAUAUAUUUUUACGCAUCGUUAAAUUCAGAUGCGAAGUCGAAUCUUAAUUUUCUAAUUAAUAUAUCUGUAAUUGUUUUUGUGUUAAAUAUCUCUAUACAUUUGUUUUCGUUGUCAAUUUGAUAGAUUUUGUACGCGUGAUAACAUGCAUUAUCGAAUUGGAAUUGUCGGACUGUAAGAAAAACACAAAAUAGACAUUCACACACAGCACAAAGGCAGUCCGUAUAAUAUAUGAUAAAAAGAAAAAAGAAAAUCUUGAAAAAUCAAAUUGCGACAAGCCGAGAAACCGAAUGCGAGAUAACGAAAGAAAGAGUGAGAGAGAGAGCAAGGGAGAGAGAGAGAGAGAGAGGAAGGAUGAUUGAAAAUGUGUCUGAAAUAGAGAAAAAGAGAGAGAUUAGAAAAAAAACGAAGAAAAGUAGAUUUGUUACAAGAUGAGAAAUUAGAAUGUAAAUUAAUUUAUUUUAUCGAAGAAACGCGUUAUAUAUACUGUCGAGAGAGGAUAAGCGGAAGGUAAAAACGCAAAGAUUCAUCGAUCUACACCGUACACAUGUAUACGUAUACACGCAUAUACAAAUACACGCGCGUACAGACAGAUCGAGGGGAGAGUAAUCGAGACGACGCUCUGUCAUCUUUCGAGAAUUGGUGGCUGUAAAUAAAAUAAGUAUUCGUGUGAACGAUCAAACGGAAAUUUCGAUCGAGGAAGAUUGAGCUUCCUGAGCGUCUUUGCGACCGCGCAGAUAAUUGUAUUUACCGAGAUGAGUAUAUUUUCUCAAGGAUUUGGAAAUUUGCAAAAGUAAACGCUUAUAUUACUUGAAUUCAUUAAAAUACCUUCGUGUUGAGCCCCGUUUGAAUCUUGAUUAUUCUUCACGUUACAACCUGCGCCCAACGAGAUCUCCAUCUCUUCCCCUUCUUCUGGAUGUCUCUCCUCCCAUAUCUACCACCAUCACUAUCACUAUCAUCAUUGCCAUUAUCGUCAUUAUUCGUGCAUUCGUCGGAGUUUCGCGUUGUCCGAAUUAGGAUUGAUAGUUGAGAAUCGAGCGAGGGAGCGAUAGAGAGGGAGAGAGUGUAAGAAAGCUUUUUACCAAAAAUACGCGAAAACUGCAGACUACUCGCGCGACAUACGAAAAACUAAUACAGAAGAAGAAACGGCAGCGAGCAGAUAGUUAGAUAGAAUUUUAGCGAAGUGAGAAAGCGAGAGAGAACGAAAGAGAGAGAGAGAGAGAGAGAGAGAGAGAGAGACGAGUCGCGUAGUUAUUAUUAUAAUAUUACAAUAAUGACGCUGUAUUAUUAUAAUUAACGAUUUACUAUUAUUGACGUCAUCUAAACGUAUGAAAGAUUUUUACACUGUUGAGACUUGAAGUAAAUAAUAUAUUUAGUUUAUUUUGGUACAUCACGAUGACGAGAGAGUGAGAGUGAGAAAUAGAGAGAACGAGAGAGAUAAAUUGACGAAAAAAAAGAAAAAGGCCGAGGACGAAGAGGUAGAAAAGCGGAAUACGAGCUAUUUUUUAAGAGACAGACUUUAUUACUCGAUUUGAGUCCACGCAUUAAGGUAAAAAGUAAAAAAAAGGAACGCAGGGGGUAAGAGUGAAAGGAAGAGUGACUGAGUGCGAAAGAGAUUGUGUGCAAAAGAGAGCGUGAGAGAGAAAGUGAGUGAAUGACGGAAAGUUGAGAGGAAAGCGCGAGAAAGAGAGAAAGAGGAGCACUUAUUAGCGAGUGCAUAUUGUGUAUUUGUUACACAAGGCGAGAUUGUCACCACUUGACUGACAAAAAAA